AUGCCCGCAGUCAGUAUGAGAAUGCUGACAGGGGACGACGGAGUCGACGGCUGGAGCAAUCAAGAAGUUUGGGACACCGCUCUUCAAGGAUCGAAGGUUGUCUUCUCUACACAUGCUGUCCUUGCCGAUGCGCUCACUCAUGGCUUUAUUCAAUUGCAAAGCCUGGCUUUGCUGGUCUUUGAUGAAGCUCAUCAUUGCAUGAAAUUUCAUCCGGGGAACCGUAUCAUGCGUGAUUUCUAUCACAGAGUUAAAUCUGAGAACGGCAUUGCUCACGUUCCAAGCAUUCUUGGCUUGACAGCUUCGGUUGAUCCAAAGAAAGUCCGGGAACUUGAACAGAAUUUGGAUGCAAUUUGCCGCGCCCCCUUGGUUCAGCGGCAGGAGUUGGCGGAGCAUAGUUCUCGUCAGAACCUAACCAGGGUUGUCUAUUCUCGAAAUCACGAUGACCCAGCAGAGUUACCUUCACAUUUCCGGCGUUUGGAAGACGUUGUCAUGGAACUGCGUGAAGACAGCGAAUCCGGGGACCGUGGCAUCCCCGAUGAGGUUUCCAGUCUCCCUACAAAGGCCCGAAUGAUUUGGGUUCAAUUAGGCAAGUGGGCUUCUAGCUACUUCCUCACUAGCAAUAUGCAUCACAUUUCCAGGCAAAUUGCUGGCCAGGAGAAUUCGUUCUCACCUUGGUGGCCAAGUCAUAGAUAUUUAAAUUUGAUGACGAUGCUCAGAAACAUCCCUGAAGUCCAACUGCAAACGCCCGGUAAUGUGUCCGAUAAGGUUGAGAAACUCUUGUUGUUCUUGUUCAGAAAAGCCUGUGAAGACUUCUCAGGAAUCAUUUUUGUUCGAGAAAGAGCAACUGCUUACGUUCUAUCGGUGUUGCUUAAUAAGCAUCCGCUGACCUGCGGUCUGUUUCGAUGCUUGCCUUGUGUUAGCAGCUCGACCCGCUCUGAGCCCUGGGCGACACAUGACUCUCUGAUCUCCAAAAAGAGUGAGGAAGCAGUCAAUGAGCUCCGCUGCGGCAAAAUCAAUUUGAUUAUCGCCACCAAUGUGCUCGAAGAAGGCAUUGAUCUUCCAGCAUGUCAUCUUGUCGUUUCAUUCGAAGUUCCAGACAACAUUACAUCCUAUAUCCAACGCCGGGGUCGAGCACGACAGAAUGUUUCGGAAUUCGUCGUUAUGGAAGAAGGUGAUGGUCUUUCCCUAGCUUCACGUCAAUGGAAUGAGCUUGAAAAGAAAAUGGGGGAGAUAUGUUUAGAUCAUCAUGAAGACCGUCAAAUAUUGGAGGUAGAUGAUGGGAAACACAAAGAAAUAGUUCUCCAGUUACUUUUACACACAGGGGCGCUGCUGACAACAGAGAAUGCCAUAUCUCAUCUAUACCACUUCUGCACAACUUUGCGAAGUGGCACACCAUGUGGAGAUUCUCCUUGUUUCUCAUAUGAGAGUAAUGAGGAAGGCUACUUCCGAUCUACAGCCCAUCUGCCGAGUGGAGUUGAUUGUUCGUUACGGAUAGCGAAGGGGCGCCAUUGGUGGGCCAGAAAGCAGUCAGCGCGACAGGACGCAGCUUUUCAGGCCGUCCAUGCUUUACAUCGGCAAGGUCUCAUCAAUGACCAUUUGCUUCCCUUGUUUCAUGAUGAUUCCUGGGCUGAAUUGAGUCGGCAAAGCGCAGUGGCUGCCGAACUAGUUCAUGUGGUGGAUCCUUACAGCUUUUGGAAAGGAAUUUCAGGUCAUUGGACAGAGCGGCCCAUCUACAGAUCCCGUCUUGAGCUUUCUGAGAAUGGAAACUUUCGACCCGAUUUGACCAUGGCUCUUUUUACACCAGCGAAGCUACCAUUGGAUGCGAGCCUGGAGUUAUUCUGGGACCAUCAAACAACGUUUACGGCAACUUUGCAGCCGUCCAAUGUUGAGAGUGCGCUAUCACUGCUUCAGAGGCAUGUGAUCCGGAAGAUCACGACCUUAUUGUUUCACUCGACACGUUCAAAAUCGCAACAGGAAGAUUAUCCGGAGUUUCUUCCAUUUUUUACUCCAGAUCUCCCACUAGAAGAGCUUCAGUGCUGGCUUAACAUCAAUCAAGGGUCUCUUUCCGUUCAAAGUGAGCAAACUCAUGUCCCUAUCCUUUGCCCUGAUGGGUUCAUCCGAAGCCCUAUGCUGCAUUCCGCUCCCCAUAUUUUUGUGAGGUGGAUUCAAAACUUGGAUGCGAAGGGACUUAUGAUUGAAUGUAAACCAUUUGAGAAAAGGCGGAAUAUCCUACAGCAAGCGAAACUAGGCCAGUCUACCACCAAAAAAGUCUUUAUAUCUGCUGCCAAAUGCACCAUCGAUUUCCUGCCUUGGGAGUGGAGCCGGGCCAGUCUCCUGAUCCCACCAAUCAUACAACUACUAUAUCAGCACCUAAUGGCGCAAUCUGUACAACUUGAACUUUUUGGAGGUGUGCCAGAGAUCGGAUUGAGUUCUCUCGCGGAGGCACUCACAUCGCCUUCUUCUCAAUGGCCAAUCAAUUACCAGCGACUAGAGUUUUUGGGCGACUCGCUCAUUAAAUUCUUUAUAUCGAUACAUGCCUUUCACACUUAUCCACAAUGGCAUGAAGGCUACCUGUCAAAGCUGAAAGAUCUGCUAGUCUCGAACGACAGACUAACAAACGCGGCCCAUCGUGCUCAUUUGGGAAACUUCAUCUGCGCCGAUUUCAUCACGCGAAAACAUCCAAUCUUCUCGCAGAAGAGAGUCCGAGGCACCAAGCAAGAGAUUUCUAGAAAGAUUCAUGCUGAUGUGGUUGAAGCUCUGAUCGCAGCUGCCUAUGAACAUGGUGGGAUGUCACUCGCGCGGAAGUGUGUUGGCAAGUUUCUACCGGAGAUUUCCGAUUUCACUCCAACAUCUCGGCAACCACAAAAACAAAAAUGUCGAUUCCCAAUCCACCUAGAAGCAAAACUUGAUCAGCUUCUUGAUUUUAAAUUUAAGAAUCGAAAUCUGAUCUGGGAGGCACUCACCCACCCAUCAUGGCAGAGAGACCAAACCACUGGGUCUUACCAACGACUUGAAUUUCUGGGAGAUGCGGUUUUGGAUUUUCUCGUUGCAAAAAGACUACAUUCCCAACGUCCAAAGAUUGCAGAAGGUCGAAUGACAGAGAUUCGAGCCGCCUUGGUAAAUACCGAGUUUUUGGCAUUCCUCUGCAUGGAUUUCGCUCUCACUGAAGAAUUUUUCUACGGAAGGGAGAUGACGGCAGGGAAUUUCAAGUCGACCGUUGAGCUUAGAGAUACCGCAUUAUGGAUGUUUAUGCGACAUGACGCUUCGGAUAUUGUUAGGAUGCAGACAUCGUGCAAUGAGAUCUAUAGCAUGCUUGGUGAUCGACUCAAGGAAGAUCUAAAAAGUGGGCACUCAUAUCCUUGGGCCUCGCUUGCCCGCCUAGGCGCACCUAAGUUCUACUCAGAUAUUAUUGAGAGCACUAUUGGGGCGAUUUUUAUUGAAAGUGAAGGCGAUCUGGAUGCGUGCGAGCGCUUUUUAGAACGUAUCCACUUGAUGGUUUACCUUGAGCAUUUUGUGAAACAAGAUGUACAGUUAGAGCACCCAAAAAGUGCUCUCGAUCGUAUUACGGCUACUCAUAAGGCCGAAUUCCGUGCCAAAGAAACCGAGGAUGGUCUGCACGAUAUCUCUGUUUGGCUGAAGGGCGAAGAAGUGGUGUCCAUCAAUCACUGUUCAUCAAGGAAUGAAGCGUUUGUGCGAGCUGCCGAUGCGGCCGUAGCGAUUCUGUCACGAACUUGA